UUACUCACUUCACGUUCUUCUCCUUUUAUCUUCCCUUCACACACGCCAACUACGUGACACCCACUCACUCCUCCUGUCAUCACAUAACAACCUUCAACCAUUCCCUUUCUCGCUCAACCCUCGCUCAUGGCAGAGAACGGCGACGCCGCCGAGGAGUACCUCUUCAAGGUCGUCCUCAUCGGGGACUCUGCGGUCGGCAAGUCCAACCUCCUGUCGCGCUUCGCGCGGAAUGAGUUCGACAGCAACUCCAAGGCCACCAUUGGGGUGGAGUUCCAGACGCAGGUGGUGGAGAUCGACGGCAAGGAGGUCAAGGCGCAGAUCUGGGACACUGCCGGCCAGGAGCGCUUCCGAGCCGUCACUUCUGCUUACUACAGAGGCGCCGUUGGAGCGCUAGUCGUCUACGAUAUCAGCAGGAGAGGCACCUUCGACGGCAUCAAGCGUUGGCUCGAAGAGCUCACUACUCAAAACGACAGCACCGUAGCAAGAAUGUUGGUGGGAAACAAAUGCGACUUGGAGAAUAUUAGAGAGGUGAGCACAGAAGAGGGCAAAAAUCUUGCAGAAGAAGAGGGCCUGUUCUUUAUGGAGACAUCUGCACUCGAUUCUACGAAUGUCCAAACAGCUUUCGAGAUUGUUAUCCGUGAAAUAUACAACAAUAUCAGUCGUAAAACAUUGAACUCUGAUUCUUACAAGGCUGAGUUGUCUGUGAAUCGAGUAAGCUUGGUUAAUGGGGCAGGAUCAAAGCAAGGUCUUUCUUGUUGUGCUCGAUGAGCUUUUAUCUUAACUCGGAUUCGGUGCUUCUUUGGAUCUUGCGAGAGUAGAUUCUUGUUCUUUACUUUUUUUCCUAUGUUACGAUGGCUGCCAUAUUUUUGUUUUCCUUUUUCUUUCAACCUGCAAAUUUGCAGUGCUUGGUACCUGUCUCACAAGAAAAA